AUGUCACGAUAUUCUUUAGAAGAUACUCAUAAUUAUCACGAUCCUUCCUCACCUGUAUCUCCACAAACAACUCCAUCGAGAUCUCUUUCACCACAACCACCACCGCACAAUCCUUCAAACUUCGCCUCAAAUUCAAACUCAAACCCAAACUCCAAUCAUUUAAUCUCACAAACUCAAGGAUCACCUGCCCAAGAGAUUGGAAUGUCAAAUUCUUCUGCUUCAAUUUUACAUUCACGGCAGAACUAUGGGGAAGUGGAACCUGUGAGCCCGAUAAUAGAUAGUCCACCAAUUCCUCCACCACAUCAAUCAUCACAAUCUAGUCAGGAAUCUAGGAUACGAAAUCAAAACAAUAACACCAUACCCGAAUUUUCAAACGUGACACCGGGAGUCGAUAAUUUCGGGAAUCAAGCCGCAGGUGGUAUCAACGGCGUUGCCAUGAGUGUCGCAAAUUCAAAUGCCAGGGAAAGUGGUGUGGAAACCGUGAGAGGUUAUGAUCCAACACAACCUUCAUACCAAGAGCCUCCAUUCCAACGGUCGUUCCCACGACAAGAUGCAUCAACAUCAUCUCUCACUCCUUUAAAUGCUGCUGCUUUCCCCACCGGAAUUUCAACUCCUUCUUCACGUUCUACUAUUUCUGGUCGAAAUCCUUCAGAUCCAUAUUCGGAUUCUCCUUACCCAUAUAAUCGAUACUCAAGGGCAAUUGACCCAGAACUUGUUGAAUUCGACCCUAAUACAAUUGCAGACGACGGAGACGACGGCUUGGGAUAUAGACGAGCUAAUAGAUCUUCUGUGUUAAGUCUAACUAGAAUGUCAGAUAGUGGAACACGAACACCUCCAGGAGGGAAAGCUGUGGCAGGUGGUGGAGUGAUAGUGACAUUAGGUGGACUUGUUGGAAAGAAGAAUGGGGAAAAUAUACAAUAUAAUAAUGUUACAAAUGCACAGAACGGAUUUAAUGGGCCGGAAAAUUACGACCUCAGUCUGGAAAAGAACGAAUGGUUAAGGAAACCACCGGGUGGUAAUAAGAAGAUGAGGUUAUGGAUUGCUCUACUGGUUGGAUUUCUGAUAGUAGCGGCAAUCAUUGGAGGAGCUGUUGGUGGUACCCUUUCGGGAAAUGCAAAAUCAGGUUCAAAUUCAGAUACAACUGAAGCUUCGACCGCGAACGGACAAUCCGCAUCAACCGAUGCUUCAAAAAAUGGCGAUCUUAAUAAGGAUUCGGCGGAGAUCAAAAAAUUAUUGAAUAACCCUGACUUGCACAAGGUAUUCCCUGGAAUCGAUUAUACUCCUAUGUAUACACAAUAUCCCGCUUGCUUGAGUUAUCCAGCAAGUCAAAACAAUGUUACAAGAGAUGUUGCUGUCCUCUCACAACUCAGUAAUACCAUUCGUCUUUAUGGUACCGAUUGUAACCAAACGCAGAUGGUUUUACAUGCUAUUGAUCGAUUAGGUUUAAAUGGUACCGUUAAAGUUUGGUUAGGUGUUUGGCAGGAUUCAAACACCACUACUAAUACUCGUCAACUUGAGCAACUUUACAAUAUCUUUGAUGAACAUGGAUCAUCUUCAUUUGUUGGUGUUAUUGUUGGCAAUGAGGUUCUCUAUAGAGAAGAUAUGACUGCCACUGAGCUUAUCUCCAUCAUCGGAGAUGUUAAAGCUAACAUGACAUCUCGUGGUAUUGACCUUCCUAUUGCCUCUUCAGAUUUAGGGGACAAUUGGACGGCGGAGCUCGCUAACGCUGUUGACUUUGUAAUGGCUAAUAUUCAUCCAUUUUUCGCUGGUGUUACUGCCGAAGAAGGUGCUAGUUGGACAUGGGACUUUUGGCAAAAUCAUGAUGUGGCAUUUAAAACCAAUGCAUCUCAAAAUAUUAUCUCGGAAACUGGAUGGCCCUCACAAGGUGGUACCGAUUGUGGUGGUGCUACUACAUGUGCUGUGGGUAGUGUAGCGGGAAUAACAGAACUGAAUACCUUUAUGGAAAAUUGGGUCUGUGAUGCCAUUACAAAUGGAACGAAUUAUUUUUGGUUCGAAGCAUUUGAUGAACCAUGGAAGAUUCAAUAUAAUUCAGGAGAUGAAAAUUGGGAAGAUCAUUGGGGUAUCAUGGAUGUCAAUAGAGUAUUGAAGGAUGGAGUGAAGAUUCCUGAUUGUGGAGGAACGACGGUUUCGUGA